UAUCAUACCCCCGUUCACCAUUCUCGAAACUCUAUGCAGUCGAUAAGUCAAUGUAGCUUGAAUAGACAGCCGUUGAACAUUGACCAUUAAUCUACUCAUCAAACCUUGAAUCAACUUUGGAUUCCCUUGUAAAGCUUCAUUUUACUUCUUUUUAAUUAUCUGCGUCAUUUAGGAGCCAGCACAUUUCACUCAAUGCGGUGACCCUUUCUAACUCUAGCUUUACAUUCCCUCGACUUUGCUCUACAUCUGCCACAUCAAUCAUGGCAUCUUACAAUGUGCCAGCGACAGUCCCUCGACCUGCCGUUUAUGGGGGACCUGUACCGAUAGCUGACCCAGCAGCACCAGCUGGGACGUUUGCACCAGGAACAAAAAUCCAAGUAGGAUCUCAUAAGGUGGUUAUCCAAAAGUACUUCUCGGAAGGAGGUUUCGCUCAUGUCUACCUUGUCAAAAUGCAAAAACCUAUCGAUGGGACAGAUAUUGCUGUAUUGAAAAGAGUCGCAGUCCCUGAUAAGGAACAUUUGGCAAAUAUGAGAACCGAGGUAGAAACGAUGAAGAAGUUAAAGGGACAUCGCGCAAUCGUUACUUAUUACGAUUCACAUGCAUCACAACUGAAGGGAGGAGGAUACGAGGUAUUUUUACUUAUGGAAUUCUGUAAUGGGGGUGGUUUAAUCGAUUUCAUGAAUACUCGACUUCAAAACAGGUUGACGGAACCAGAAAUUCUCAAGAUCUUCUCCGACGUGUCAGAAGGAGUAGCUUGCAUGCACUACCUUAAACCUCCCCUUUUACAUCGGGAUCUGAAAGUAGAGAACGUCCUCAUAACUUCGACUGGCCCCUCUCGAAGAUUCAAGCUCUGCGACUUUGGUUCUACCGCACCUCCUCGGCCUGCUGCUACGACCGCUGCUGAAUGCAGAUUGAUCGAAGAUGAUGUUCAAAAACAUACCACAUUACAGUAUAGGAGUCCUGAGAUGAUUGAUGUAUACAGAAAGUUGCCAAUAGAUGAAAAGUCGGACAUUUGGGCUUUAGGUGUGCUGCUGUAUAAGCUGUGCUAUUACACCACUCCUUUCGAAGCUCAAGGACAACUUGCUAUACUGAAUGCAAGCUUCAAAUUCCCCUCAUAUCCCAUGUUUUCGGACCCCCUUAAAAACUUGAUAGGUACUAUGAAUGCCACGCUCUUACAUGCGAAGAGGAGGUGCUAACAAAGUUUAGCAUCUAUGUUGAAAGAGAAGCCAACAUCUCGCCCCAAUAUAUACCAGGUUUUACGGGAAGCAUGUCUUAUGCAGGGUAUCGAGAUCCCAAUUAAGGAUGUAUGUUUUUAUCCACACCCUCCCAUCAAUCAAAGGCUCACCAUUUUAGAUAUAUCCCGAGAGAACCCAGUCGGAAUCGCGGCGACAUCAGCAAUUACCAACUACCGAAUCUCCAGCAUCACCUCCAAUUGUGGGCGCCGUCUUCGCGCCGCCAACGCAACAUCAAACAGUUAUUCCCGACGUUGUCCCGAUGCGAAGGGGAAGGCCCACGGCCAGUUCACAGCCGCAGCCGACGAAACCUAGUCCGUCUCCGAUGAGAGGCACAGCUAGUGAUCCAUUUGCUGCUUUGGAUUCCAAAAAUCCUGAUCCUGUUGUGGACGAAAUUUCCAAUCGAUUUCCAAGUUUAGAUCAGUUCUCAUUACUGCAUGAUGGAGGCAAAUUCGACUUCGGGUCACCCUCGCCAUCAAAGGCAGCCCAGCCUGUUAGCAAACGAGUUACAGAAAGAUUAGCUGAUGAUGCAUUUGCGACGCCAAUCCAGCAAGCGUCAUCAACUUCAACCAAUAAACCAUCUCGUGCUCAACAAAUUCUAGCCAGCAAUCCAUUAGAGCUUCAGACAUCAGAAGUACCGGCAACCUUAAUAUAUCAACCCACACCUACUCACCCUGGUGUGAAAUCAUCCUCAUAUGUAUCCCAAGGUACAAUGACGACACCAACCCCACCACCUUCAAGUACACGUCCGCCUACUUACACGGCUUCGCCCCGUCUUCUCCCGUCAGACCAUCACCGAUCAGCUAGUCUACCACGCAAUCAGGCUGUUACUCCAUCUAGGACACCGACUCUAGAGCCACAGGAAUUUUUACCCGGGCAUCCUGGGCUACCUCGAGCGUCUUCAUACAAUCCACAAUCCAAUCAAGCUAGACAUCCAUCUUCUUCUAGACCAUCACUCGAAACGAGUAGACCUAGCAAUGAAGCUCUCGAGAGCACUAUCCCUCGAACAAAAUCAAGCUUAAGUAGAUCACGUCCAUCUAGCCAAUACUUGGAAUCCAACAUGGAUUUUCUUCGAGAAAAGGAAGGCCGUCCCUCACUUGACUCGGAGCGACGUCCAUCGUAUUCUAGAGAAUUUGCCGUUACAGAUCCAAAUGAUGACGAUCCCGGUUCGAAUGUUGACUUUCUUAAAUCAAUGGAGGAUCAGGAAAGGACGAAGAAAGAUAGACGUCGUAGUAGUGGCUCAAAACAAUCCAAACGUUCCAGUAUGCCGUCUAUUUCAUUAUCUGGCACCAAGAACUUAUUGGCUGGUAAGUUUGGAGAUGCUUUCAAAAGAUUUGAAAAUAAUGCCAGUGCUCCGCCUGGUCCAAGAACUCCAAGUCCUUUGCACGAUCUGGACCGACGUGAAUUGACACCAAUAGCUGGGUCCGAGGCAACAGAUGAUAGAAGUGAUGAUGGAAAGAUAGACGACGACAUGACACCAGAGCAAAGACGAGAAGUUGAGCGAAGAAGGCUAUCGCUUGAGGAGAAACGUGUUGCUGAUGCAGCAGCGGAAUAUCGAAAGCGAAUUGCAGAACGUGGUGGUGCACCAGCCCCAAAGAGUAUUGGUGGUGUGACCCGAGCUGCAAGUAUCCAACACAAAGUCAAAAGUCUUCUAGAUGAAAAUAGUCAGCAACCUUCUUUAAAGAAAACAGCAGAAGGCUAUGGAAGAUACACAGACAUACCAGGUCAGCCCAAUCCAUUACCAACUGGAAAUCCAUAUGUCAAAUCUUCCGUCCUCCGCAAACCGGUUCAACCUUCAAUUCCUUCAUCUGAUCUCAGCUACACUAAACCUCGCCCUCAACAAAUUCCUCCUCAAUUACCAGUUAGCAAAACAGGACCAAAACCAAAUGCCCCUCCCAAACCUAUGCACCUCAAUAAUAUGAAUACGGGAGGUGGUCUGGGUGUACAGAAUUCCCCGCCUAAACCUUCAUAUUUAGCUAGUAGAGCGGCACCAGCUGUUCAACCAAGACCCGAUAUGACGUCCCAGGAAAAGGAAGAAUACAUUGCGGAUUUCAGCAAGAGGUUUCCAAGUCUAAGCAGUAUUGAGAUGGUGGAAAGGGAGAUUGAGAGGGAGGGAAUGCAAGGAAGUGAUAUGGGAGUGGGGAUGGGAAUGGCUGGUAGGAGAGAUGAUAGACCUAGGCUUACCAAAGAGUUGUAGAUAUUUGGGGGUAGUUGAUGAUAUUGAUGGGAGGUGUCAAGUGUUGUGCCACAAUGCUGAUGCGAUGCUGAUAUUGAGAUGGAUAGAUAGAUGGUUGGAUUGAUUUGCAUUGAUCAUAAGGGUGAAGUGAAGAAUGAAAUGAAUAAAUAGAGACAAUCUAUUCGUACAAAACCGGAAAACGAAACAAACGGGAAAGUUAAGAUAGAUGGAUGGGACAUCUUUAGAUAUAGAUUACUCGGUUACUUAGAUAGGUCUAGCUAGGUGUAUUGUAUGUAUGUAUAUACAUAUCUAUAUGGAAUAUCUGGAAUUA